CUCUUCUUUUCUAAACACAACCAUCUCCCGGUGAUUCGGCUUUCUCCUCUAUUUCCUAAGAGGCUUCAACUUUCCCUGAUCUUGUUGUCUGACUUUCUGCCUGGUGCAUUACCCUCCUUCAUUACCAAACAACAACUUCAGUCUUCAAGCGUUCUCUCUCUACGCAAUACACCCACUCAAGCCUACAGGAUCCUUACAGCAUCUGCUCAAAGCCAUACCCCUAUUUCUGGAGGGAAGAUAUCUCAAAGUCUUCGUUCUUUACUCUUUCAACGACUGGAGUUACUCGUCUGGAACGAAUAGCCCCAACACAAUCAUGUUCUUCAAACAAGCUUUUGUCGCCACCAGCGGCUUUGCCGUGCUUUCGCAGGCUCACAUGUUGAUGAACACGCCCAAAAUAUUCUCCUCUCCCCAAGCGCAGAACGGCCCUCUCGACCCAACUGGCAUCAACUUCCCUUGCCAGGCACGUGAAGGAACUGUCUACUCCGGCACUCCCAGCCCCAUGGCCUUGGGCUCAAAACAGCCCUUGGCCUUCACUGGCUCGGCAGUCCAUGGAGGAGGCUCGUGCCAAGUUUCCAUCACCUACGACACCCAGCCGAACAAGAACAGCGUCUGGAAGGUCAUUCACUCCAUCGAAGGCGGUUGCCCUGCAAAGGACACUCCUGGCAACCUGCCUGAAAACGCGAACCUCGCUGACCCAUUCGGUUAUUCUUUCCCCAUUCCCGACAAUAUCCCAACCGGCAACGCCACCAUUGCCUGGACUUGGUUGAACAAGAUCGGGAACCGUGAGUUCUACAUGAACUGCGCUCCCGUCACUCUCACUGGCAGUGGAGGUGAUAAGUCCAACUAUGAGUCGCUGCCGAACAUGUUGGUGGCCAACAUCCCUUCCAUCAACGCGUGCACCACACAGGAAAACCACGACUACAAGUAUCCCAACCCCGGCAAGUCGGUCGACACUUUUGCUUCAGACUUCGAGGGUGGUCUUUCUCCUGAGUGCAAUGCUGUUUCUGGCGGCGGCUCUGGCGGUGGCUCCGGCGGUGGCUCCGGCGGUGGCUCUGGAUCGUCUCCUUCGCCAUCCACAACUGCUCCGGCUGCUCCUCCCACUAAUGCUCCUGGUGGAGGUGGAGGUGGAAUCUUCAUCACGGCUCCGGUUCCCGAUUCUCCGGCCGUGACUCCUCCUGCGCAGGCUCCCACCACUUCUGUUCCUGCUCCUCCUGCUCAAACUCCUGCUCCUCCUCCUCAAACUGGUGGCGGCUCCUCCGGUGGUGGUUCCGGUUCGGGCUCUGGUUCGGGCUCUGGUUCGGGCCCUGGCUCUGGUUCCGGCUCCGGUGGCUCGGGCAGCUCCGGUGCAGGAUCUGCUUGCAGCACUGAAGGAAUGUGGAACUGCAUUGAUGGAAAGUCUUACCAGCAGUGUGCUUCCGGCGUCUGGACGCCCGUCAUGCCACUUGCUGCUGGCACCGUUUGUGAUGUCGGCCAGUCUACUUCUCUCAACAUCAAGGCUGCCGGAAAGAAGAUGAGGCGCCUCGCCGUUCGUUUCAGGGGCUAAAGUGUCAAACCCCAUCACUCAUUCAAAAACAAACAACACUUCCUUUCUCUUCAUUCACUACACACAUAUUUGGGAUAUUA